GAAUUUAUUCUCUUUUGUAACAAUACCUAUCUUGUUCCUGUUUGGACAACUAUAUUUAGUGGACAAUACAUCGGUCCUAAUUUGAAGCAGUAUCACCAGUGCAAAUACAGUAAAAAAGAUGAGAAUCCCUAAAUUUGUGCUGAUUCUUAUGUUUUCAAUUAUGAUACUGCCAUCCUGCAUGUUUGCUCAAUCAGAAUUCAGUCGGAAGAGUUUUCCUUCAGGAUUUGUGUUUGGCACGGCCUCUUUUGCAUUCCAGUAUGAGGGAGCUGUGAAAGAAGACGGGAGAGGACCCAGUGUAUGGGACAUCUAUUCUCAUCGAUUUGGAAAGGUGAUUGAUGGCAGCAAUGCAGAUGUUGCAGUGGACCAAUAUCAUCGAUAUAAGGAGGAUGUUCAGCUCAUGGUGGACAUGGGGAUGGACGCCUACAGAUUUUCUAUAUCUUGGUCACGCAUAUUUCCCAACGGCAGUGGAGAAAUCAAUCAAGCAGGAGUGGAUCACUACAUUAAGCUCAUAGAUGCACUUUUGGAGAAAGGAAUUGAGCCAUACGUGACGCUUUAUCACUGGGAUCUUCCUCAAGCACUCGAGGAUGCCUAUAAUGGCUGGCUUGACUCCAAAAUUGUGACAGAUUAUGUGAAGUUUGCAGAAACAUGCUUUGAGAAAUUCGGUGACAAAGUAAAGAAUUGGAUGACAUUCAAUGAGCCCCACACCUUCUCCAUUCAGGGAUACGAUGUGGGUCUGCAAGCACCGGGAAGAUGUUCCAUUCUCCUCCGUACCUUUUGCACUGCAGGAAAUUCUGCUACCGAGCCUUACAUUGUUGCCCACCAUGUUCUUCUUUCUCAUGCUAAAGCUGUGGAAAUAUACAGAAGAAAGUAUAAGGCCAAGCAAGGUGGAAGAAUUGGGAUUGCUUUCGAUGUGAUGUGGUAUGAGCCCGCUUCCAAUUCUUCAGAGGACAUAGCUGCUACACAGAGAGCACAAGAUUUUCAGUUUGGAUGGUUCAUGGACCCAAUCUUUUUUGGGUCAUAUCCAGCAUCAAUGAGAGAAAGGGUAGGCAACCGGCUGCCAAAGUUCUCUGGUGCAGAAUCAAAUCUGGUAAAAGGAUCGUUGGAUUUUGUGGGUAUCAACCAUUAUACAACUUAUUAUGCCAGCAGCAACAAAACAAAUAUCAUUGGAGUACUUCUCAACGAUUCUCUUGCAGAUUCUGGGGCUCUCACCAUCCCAUUAAGAGGACUAACAGCCAUUGGUGACAGGGCAUCUUCGAUAUGGCUAUACAUUGUCCCUACCGGAAUGAGGAGCCUCAUGAAUUAUAUCAAACAACGUUAUGGAAAUCCUCCCGUGAUCAUCACUGAAAACGGAAUGGACGACCCAAAUAACAAUCUUAUACCUCUACAAACGGCCUUGCAAGAUACAAAAAGGAUAGGCUAUCACCGAGACUAUCUUUCAAACCUUUCUGCUGCCAUCAAGCAGGAUGGAUGUGAAGUACGUGGGUAUUUUGCAUGGUCACUGCUGGACAAUUGGGAGUGGGGAGCAGGGUAUACAUCCAGAUUUGGUCUCUACUUUGUCGACUACAAUGAUAAUCUGAAGAGAUAUCCCAAGGCUUCUGUCAACUGGUUCAAAAACUUCUUAAAACGAUAGAACAUUAUAUUCCCCCAUUCUAUUCAUUGUAAACGUUAACAGGUGGAUUUCAUGAGAGGAACCAGGCCUAUAUUUGUUUACAAUCAAGGUUGAAAUUAAUGGAAGUGAGCACUUAUUUCUA